AUGUACAAAAUGGCGAUUAUACCAGAUUGGCAGACUUCAUAUCCUCACACACGAAAAAUCACAUAUUCAAGACCCCAUUCUUCACCAUGUAGAGUGUAUUCAAGGAAUGGUUUCCAAAAUAUGUUCAGACCGUCUUCUUCAACCACAGCUGUCGCAAACCCAAUGCUGUCCUUCUUAGACGUUAAACAGAUUUUAUUUCAAAAAAUUACCCAUAAAAGGGAGGAGUUGAAAAAAGCCUUUCAGCUGCUCGAUCCUGGUCAUACCCUGACAGUGUCCAAAAGUGAACUGAGAAGAACUGUCACAUCCUUCCUGCUGCCUCUCACCGGAGAACAGUUUCAAGACGUGUUGGCUCAGAUCCCCCUCACCAGCUCUGGUGCCGUACCAUACCUUGAAUUUCUGUCCAGAUUUGGUGGAAUUGACCCAAAUAUAAAUGUUAUAAAGAGGGGAGGUGAGAAUGAAACGAAUUUCUGCCGGACGUUAAAAGAGCUCGAAAUCCAAGUAGGAGAAAAGGUUUUCAAAAACAUUAAAACUGUUAUCAAAGCCUUACAGCUCAUGGAUGGUAACAAGACUGGACUGGUUCAGCCACAUGAGCUAAGAAGGGUCCUGGAGACCUUCUGUUUGAAGAUGAGAGACGAGGAAUACGAAAAGUUUUCAAAACACUACAACAUUGAUAGAGAUACUCCAGUGGAUUACAAUGUUUUUUUGAAGAACCUCAGCAUAAGUAAUGACUUGAACCUUAGAAAUUUUAUGGAAAAUCAAGAGGCCUCAUUGGGGAAUCAACCAGCCAAAAGUUCCAAAAAGGAGCAUGUGGUCAAUUCUGUGUCAUCAGAAGAUAUCUGGAAAAACUACUCCUUAGAUGAAAUUGAGAAGACCUUUUGCCAAGAGCUUUCAAAGUCCUAUGAAAAGGUUGAAAAAGCCCUCAGUGCGGGAGACCCCUGUAAAAGUGGAUAUGUGUCUUUGAAUUACCUAAAGGUUGUCCUUGAUACCUCAGUAUACCGGUUACCAAGAAGACUUUUUAUCCAGUUAAUGAAAAGGUUUGGACUUAAAACCACCACUAAAAUCAAUUGGAAGCAAUUCCUAACAUCAUUACAUGAGCCUCAGGGGUUGGAAGCUAGCAAUAUAGCUCCUCUGACAAAAAAAAAUAGCAUCAACUCUAGAAAUCAAUCUUGCAAGGAAAAUAUCAUCACAAAGUUAUCUAGACAUUCUGAAGACCGCUGUACGUCGCUGAAGAAAGCAUUACUGAUAAUCAACAGCAAACCUGAUGGACAGAUAACAGGAGAAGAGUUGCGACAUAUUCUAAGUUCCAUGGUUGUAAAAUUAAGUGAUUCAGAAUUCAAAGAACUAAUGCAAAUGCUCGACCCUGGGGACACCGGAGUGAUCAGUGCCAGCACGUUUGUUGAUCUGCUCGAAGAGAACACUAAUAUGAGAAAUGUAUCCCCCCAUACAGAGACCAGGACCCCUCUCCUCCUGGCUUGGGAUUCAGUGGAAGAAAUUGUUCACGAUGCAGUUACUAGGAAUCUGCAUGCUUUUUAUAACUUGCUGCAGUCAUAUGACCUUGGAGACACAGGGUUCAUUGGUCGAAAUAAUUUCAAGAAAAUCAUGCGUAUCUUCUGCCCAUUGUUAACCAAUGAACAUUUAAUGAAACUCUGCAGUAAGUUUCAGGACGCUCCUACAGGAAGAAUCCUUUACAAGAAGCUUUUGGCAUGCCUAGGAAUUAAUGGCCCGCACACUACAUCUCCAAUUCUUGUUCCAAAGGAUCAGCCAUUAAGUGAACGUUUUCAAAAAGAAGAACAGCAGCAUCCAGAUCAUUCUGAGAGAACCAAGCCCACUGAGGAUAAGACCACCAUGACCAAGAAUAUGACCAAAGAAGAAGUUAUUGAAAAACUCAAAAACUGUAUACAGCAGCAGGACCCAGCAUUCAGAAAACGAUUUCUUGACAUCAGCAAGGAACCUAAUGGAAAAAGCAAUACGCAUGACUUCAAGAAGGUACUGGAAGACAGCGGAAUGCCCAUGAGUGACGAUCAGCGUGCUCUGCUGCCUACAAAAAUAGGCUAUAAGAAAGAAGGAAUGAGUUAUCCUGAUUUUGCGACAGGAUUCCAAGAUACUCAGAUGAGUGGGCCCAAAGCGGCUCCCCCCGAGACGCCGAUUCCUCCAAAAAGCCACUUGAACAGCCACUUUGUAACUGCUGAAGAAUGCCUGAAACUCUUCCCCAAGAGAUUGAAGGAGUCAUUCCGGGACCCCUACUCUGCCUUCUUUAAAAUAGACACUGACAGGGACGGCAUAAUCGACAUGCAUGAUCUUCACAGAUUGCUACAGCAGCUACUGCUCGACACCAGAGGCGAGGAGUUUGAGCGCUUCCUUGGCCUUCUUGGCUUGAGACUGAGCGUCACUUUAAAUUUUCGGGAAUUUCAAAAUUUGUGUGAGAAGAGACCAUUCAGAACAGAUGACCCGCCUCAAAGACUCAUUAGACCAAAGCAGAAGGUUGCGGAUUCAGAACUAGCUUGUGAGCAGGCUCGUCAGUAUCUUGUUACCAAAGCAAAAAACAGAUGGUCAGACUUGUCGAAGAAUUUUAUAGAAACUGAUAAUGAGGGCAAUGGCAUUCUUCGACGACGGGAUAUAAAGAACGCUCUGUAUGGUUUUGAUAUUCCCCUGACACCCAGAGAAUUUGAAAAGCUUUGGACAAGCUACGACACUGAGGGAAGAGGAUACAUUACUUACCAGGAGUUUUUACAGAAAUUAGGCAUUAGCUAUUCACCAGCUGUCCAUCGGCCCUACGCAGAGGAUUAUUUCAACUUCAUGGGUCAUUUCACUAAGCCACAGCAGGUACAGGAAGAGAUCAGAGAGCUGCAGCAGAGUGUAGAGAAGGCCAUGCCAGCCAGGGAAAAGCUUAUGGACCAUUAUCAAGAUAUCAGCAAAGCACUCACCAAACUAGAUAAACCCCCAAACGGCUACAUAUCCAUAUGCAAAAUACAGAAAGUGCUGCAGGAAUGUGGUUGUUCUCUUAAGGAAGAGGAGCUGACCAGUCUGCUGAACAGUUGGGGAAUCAGCAGACAUGAUAAUUCCAUCAAUUACCUUGACUUCUUGAGAGCAGUGGAGAACAGCAAGCCAGCAAGACCUCAGCCAAAAGAAAAAGAAGAGAGCGUGCCAAUCAAUUUUUCCACCCUGAGUCCAGAGGAGGUGGUGAAGAACAUUCAGGAGGUCGUCAGCACCUGCCAGCCAGCUUUGCUGAAGGCAUUUUCUGCAUUGGAUAAAGAAGACACGGGGUUUGUAAAAGCUACAGAAUUUGGACAAGUUCUUAAGGAUUUCUGUUACAAACUAUCCGAUAAUCAGUAUCAUUAUUUUCUGAGGAAACUAAGAAUUCAUCUAACCCCCUAUAUAAAUUGGAAGUAUUUUCUCCAGAACUUCAGCUGUUUCCUUAAGGAGACUGCUGAUGAGUGGGUUGAGAAGAUGCCCAAAGUCCCGCCGCCCAGAUCUCCCAAAGAAACGGCGAACCGAGACAUCCUGGCGCGGUUGCACAAAGCGGUGGCUUCCCAUUACCACGCCAUCGCCCAGGAGUUUGAGAACUUCGACACCAUGAAAACGAACACCGCCUCCAGGGAUGAAUUCAGGGCCAUUUGCACUCGCCACGUCCAGAUCCUGACAGACGAGCAAUUUGACAGACUCUGGAAGGAGAUGCCAGUCAAUGCCAAGGGGAAGCUGAAAUACCAGGACUUCCUGACCAGGUUCAGUUCCGAGCGAGCAGCGACACCGCCGGCCACUGGCAACUCGGCCGGGGCCCAGAGAGGGAGCAGUGUCCCCCACGUCUCGGAAGGAAACAGAUCUGCCACCUCCUCACCCGCUUACAACCCGAGAGCAGGGCUGAAGUCGCGGAGUCACCCCUCUACUCCAGCGAGCACCGUGGCGAUCCCGAGCUGCCUGCCCUUGCAGAACUGCGAGCCCAUAGAGAGCAAGCUCAGGAAGAAGAUUCAGGGCUGCUGGCGAGAGCUCCUGAGAGACUGCAAGGAGAGGGACGUGAACAAGCAGGGGGACAUCACCACGGCCGAGUUCCUGGCUCUUGUGGAGAAGUUUGGCCUGGACAUAAGCAAAGAGGAGUCUCAGCAGCUCGUUGUAAAGUACGACUUAAAGAACAACGGCAAAUUUGCUUACUGUGACUUCAUCCAGAGCUGUGUUCUUCUGUUAAAAGCAAAGGAAACCUCACUCAUGCAGAGGAUGAAAAUCCAGAACGCACAUAAAAUGAAAGAAGCUGGUGCUGAGACGUCUUCCUUUUAUUCUGCUUUGCUGCGUAUUCAGCCCAAAAUCAUGCACUGCUGGAGGCCGAUGCGGCGCACGUUCAAGACCUACGACCAGGCGGGGACGGGGCUUCUGAGCGUGGCUGAUUUCAGGAAGGUGCUGAGACAGUACAGCAUCAACCUCUCCGAGGAGGAGUUCUUCCAUAUUCUGGAGUAUUAUGAUAAGACACUAUCUUCAAAAAUCUCCUACAACGACUUCCUCCGGGCGUUCCUGCAGUAG